GCUGCAGGAGACGAGUGCAGAGCUUCCUGUGGACACACCCCUGCCCCGAGGUGCAGGAUCUGGUCAAGCUGGCGCACCUCUCGAGCGCUGUGCCGGACCCGCAGCUUCGGCACGCCGGAUCGCAGCUGUCUCACAGAUGCAUGGCUCUCAGGAGACUCUUGACCUCAGCUGGAGCCGUUCCCCUUCAUGACCUUCAGCUUGCCCUCCAGUGGCAGUACGAGUUCCUCAAGGGCCACCGCAAGACCUCUGACAUCACUUCCCCUGUGGACGAGCAUGUUUCCUGCGGUCUGCCUCCUCCAGACUCAGACGCUCGUGUGGUUUCUCAGUGUGAGAGCUUGUGUGAUUUGGCCAAGUGGCCUUCUGCAGGCAAGCCUCCCUCGCUCAGCUCCUUUGACUCUGGCUUCGAUGGAGCGGACGGCAGGAGCAGAAGAGAGCCGCCGCCGCCGAGGAUCCUGGGAAACGGAGACUUUGCUUUCAAGACUAAACCUGUGCACGGCCAGAUCGACGAGGAGAACAUCGUGAGCGUGUCUGACUCUGAAGACCCGUGUGAAGAGAUGGGGUUCAGUUUAAAGAGGGACUCCACUCACGCCAGCAUUCAGAUCGUCCCCAAAAUGACCUCCGACUCUCUGAACCUUGAGAUCAAGGUGAAGCGCUCCGCCACGCUGCCCAAGAACCCCUGGCUGAGCCUCCCCAUAGAUGAUCUGGAGAGCUCCUAUACGGUCACCAUUACUCCCAGCACGUCCAGAGCCCCGAGGAGCCGGGCACGGGAUGGGCCCUCUCCGGCCGAGCUCCUGAGAGCCGCUCCGAGUCAGGAGAGCUUUGAGGAGCCGGAGCUGGCUGCUGUGGGAAAUGUUCUGUCCAGUACCUUAACGGAUCAUGAAGACAGGCCCAGCUGCACGGUGGAUGGGGAUCCCUCUCUUCUCUGGGACUCGUUUGAUCUUCACAAUCUCAGACAGGACUCUUACCAACGGUUGGACGUGUCUCUCGGUGACUGGGUUCAGAGAGAGCAACAAGAGCUGAGAGAGGUGGAGGAGACUUUAGACAGAGCGGCUGAGAUACUACAGGAGGAGGAGGAUGUGCUUGCACAGGAAGUGGUGCUGGAUGAGCUGUUGAGGUCAGAGGACUUAAACAAACACUGGCCCGUAUGGACUGAAGGACAUCAGCUCAGUACGAUGACCCCGAGAGAGCUGGCCGAGUCCGGCGUGAUCGGGCUGGACGGCGAUGUCCUUCAGAGUGACCUCACUUCCACUGACUCGGAGACCCUGAGAUCCUGCGAGGUUUGUGAAGACUCCUCUGGAUCGUCCGAUAGAAGUCCAUCCACGUGUGAAGGACCUGAGCCGCCUGACACGGGAUGUCCUGAGGAACACCGACCCGGGGUCCUCCGAGAGCUGAGAGACAUCAGAGUUCUUGAGGAGCAAAUAAUGGAGGAGCGCGUGAAGCUGGAGGCCCUGCGCCUCAGAGAGACCGAGCUAGACCCGGUCAGGGAGAAGGAGAAACCCCCGGAGACGAUGGAGAGAAGUGCGAGGAGGAGGUCCAGCAGGGGCCACAGGGUGGUGACAUGUUCGGUCAUGGAGAGGAACUCUGCGCUGAAAGAUCUGGACGACGAGCUGCUGAGGAGCUGUGGGCUCCAGCCGCUUCCAGACUCGGACCAACCUCCUCGAACAGACUCGGCGAAAAGCCCUUCAGAUGCAGAGGAGAGCAGCAGCGUACGUCCUGAUCUCACAGACUCCAGUCUGACCUCAGAGAGCGGGACGCUGGAGCCCGGCCGGGACGUGUCCCCUCCGCUGCAGGCCCAAGACGGCGGUCACGUGCGAGGUGCGUUUGAUCCUGGAGGUGUCUGGAUGCUGGAUGAGGAGAGGCCUCCCUCAGACUGUGACGCUCCGGCUGCCGUUCCCUCGACGCUCAUGCAGAACAAUAACAACAACCGUGCGGUGCUGUGCCGAGGAGAGAGUCCGGGGCCGCAGGGCUGUGACGGAUCCAUGAGAGCGGCCGGCUCCGGGUCUACUGUCCAGCUCCAGGCCUCCAGCAGACAGAUGAGUGAUUAUAAGACGCCCAUCGUGCUGGACUCGGGCUCCGGUCUGAUGAAGGCUGGCUUUGCAGACCAGGACCUCCCAACCAGCGUGUUCCCCAGCGUCAUCGGCCGUCCCAAAUACGAGGAGGUAAUGAACGGCAGUGUGGAGCGAGAGCAGUAUGUGGGCCACGACGCGCAGCACAUGAGAGGAGUGCUGACCCUCAAGUAUCCCAUCAGAAACGGCGUAGUGACCAACUGGGAUGAGAUGGAGAUGAUCUGGCACCACGCGUUCCAGCAGCUGUGUGUGUGUCCUGAGGAUCACCCGGUGCUGCUGACCGAGGCGGCCAUGAACCCUCUUCAGAACCGCCAGCGCUCCGUGGAGCUGAUGUUCGAGGUCUUCGGCGUGCCGCUGACCUUCGUGGCCCUGCAGGCCGUUCUGGCGCUCUACGCCUCGGGACGAACCACCGGGGUGGUGCUGGACUCCGGGGACGGGGUCACUCACAGUGUUCCUGUGUUUGAGGGUUACUGUCUUCCUCACGCCGUGCAGCGCUUGGACCUGGCUGGAUCCCACGUCACCCUGCAGCUCCAGAAGCUGCUGCUGGAGCAGGGUGUGUGUUUGCAGACGUCUGCCGAGCUGGAGAUCGUGCGUGAGAUGAAGGAGAGGUGCUGCUGUGUGGCGCUGGACUUCGCCGGCGAGCUGAAGAGCGCUUCGGAGCUGCCCUACACUCUUCCUGACGGACGGCUCGUGUCUCUGGCCUCCGAACGCUUCCGGGCACCGGAGAUCCUCUUCAGGCCGGAGCUGAUUGGUCGAGAUCAUUAUGGGAUGCACGAGAGCCUCUUCAGAUCAGUGCUGCAGUCAGACAUCGACCUGCGGCGCAGUUUUCUGGGAAACAUCCUGCUGUCGGGCGGGAACACGCUGCUGCCGGGUCUCCCCGCGCGCCUGCAGCAGGAGAUGAGCGCUCUGUGUCCGGCGGGUCCGAGCGUGCGGGUCAGCAGCCCGAGCGACCGGGACUUCUCGGUGUGGCGCGGCGGAGCGGCUCUGGCCCACACGGCGGAGCUCGGCGGGGCCUGGAUCAGCGCUGACGAGUACGAGGAGUUCGGCCCGCAGAUCGUCUUCAGGAAGUGCUUCUGAGCCCAUCCUAAAGACUUUUAACGUUUAGACAGGGUUCCUGUGGUUUUUGCCGCUCUAGAGUGUGUUGAUGUGCCAAGUGAGUCUUGUAGGACUCUUCUAGAGCCUGUUUUUAGUUUCCAAGAGAAAAUGACCUUUUAAGCUCCGCGGGAAGAGCUCUAUAUGCAUACACUGGUUGUAUCAAUCAGAUUGUUUGUCUCUCUGCCACUUUAAUAUUAAUCUAAUCAAUCGUGACUAAUAUGUAAAUGUAUGUGUUUUAAUAUAUCUGAGAUAUUAAUGUGAUCUUUUCAGUGUUUUGAUGCUUCUCAUGCAGCUCUUACCGGUGUCUGUUUUAAUCUGGUUCACAUUAACACCAGGCUUCACGUAUUAGAAGUGUGACGGAUCUUCUCCCCCAUGGUGUGUGUUCCUCGGACACGUGUGUGUGUGUGUGUGUGUCUGAUUUGCAUGCGUCUCACGUCACAUCUUUUCAUCUGUAUCCUCACUUGGGUUGUUUUUCUCGGCGGUGGUUUUGAGGAUCCGUCAGCGGCUUGUCUCUUGAUCUGAGAGGUUCGUUCUCGUUUACGUGAGGUCGAUUUAAACCGUAACACACAACAGGACUUGGAUCAGCUGAAGCGCUCGUUCAACACGUUAAGAAACGUACUGUGAUCCCAGCACAUGUUUAGCAUCAGUGUCUGUUAACUGGCUGAAGUCUGGUCUUUUUACAAUAAAUAUGAUUUCUAAACGAGA